AUGUCGUUACUAUAUUCAAAGUAAACUAUAUCUAAAUCUGAUCUAAUUGAGUCAUUAACAUUAUUAUUGUAACCUAAAUCUUAAUAAGACUUUGAUUUUGCUUGUCAAUACUUUGGAUCUCUUAUGAAGAAACAUACCAAAGAAGUUUUUAAUAUAUUAAGAUAAAAACAUUAUGUAAAAUUUGUUGAACCUAAAACUGAAAAUUUGUUGAAUAUAUUAUUUGUUAUCCAUUCUAAUAUUGAGGAAGAGUCAAUAGCUAAUUAAUUAAGAGAGCCUGCAAUAUAUUGGCUAUAAAAAUUAUUGAAAGAAAACAAAGAGAGUUUUAAAUAAAUUGUAAAUGAGAUAAAUACUUCAGGAUUAUUAACUCAUUAAUAAUUUAUAAUAAAGUAAAACAAUAUCCAUAAUCAAAUUGAAUUAAUUACAGAAAUAAGAUAAUCAUCAUAUGAUAUUUAAAAUCACGUCAUCAAAUAUUAAGUAGAAUAAGAGGAUUAAAAGAAAUCAAAAUUAUUUUGUGUCAUUUAUUACUCAUAUUUGUAAAAAUUAUCAAUUAAUUUAUUGGUUUACAAAUCAAUUAAAAAUCUCCAGUAUCCUUUUGAAGAACAUGAGGAUAUGAAGGGAAAAAUUGUAUGGAUUUAUAAAAUUUAAAAUAUUAUGUAAAUUGGACUUAAAUUAUUAGAAUAUUCAAAUAAAAAGUUUAAACUCUACUAAGAUUUUAUUUAUUAAAAUAUGAUAUAAUUUUUAAUCUUUAUUAGAUAAGAGAUUGAAUACUUAAUUAAUUAAUAUGCAAUAAUUUCCAAUUUGGAUUGUUUAUCUUUAUAUGAAAUAUAUAUUGAGUUUUUGAAAUCACAAACAAUAGUUGAAAAAUAUUGUUCAGAUAUUGAUUUAAAAAUACGAUUGAAUACUUCAUAAAUAGAGGAAUUUUUGAAUUUUUCUGUAAGAAUAAGAGUUUUAAAUUAAUGUGCUUUUAAAAAAAGUCUAAAAGUACCAAGUAAACAUUAACCAAAUAUAUCUUGUAAUCUAAUAAUUGAUGAGGAAGGAAAGGUAAAAAGAUCAAUCAAUAAUAGCAUUAAAAAGUUUAGAGUGAAUUCAAUAAAGAAAAUAUGGAUUAACUUUAUUUAAUAGAUUAAAUAAGUGAUGAAACAUAAAUUACAGAAAAGAGAUAUGAAAAUAAAUCUAGAGAAAAUGAAGUUCAUAUGGAAAUUGAUUCUUAUCGUUAGACUCAUUUUAAAGGUUUAAGCACAUUUUAGUAAAGUUGA